UUUUUUCAUAUUCGAAAUAAGUUCAACUGUGUCACAUUUACCAGAUGAUGUGUGUGUGUGUGUGUCCCAUAGUGUAUCCACAGUCUCAGUAGUAGUAGUUUGCUGCCCCCUGUGUGUUACUAUCAGUAGGUUGCGCCAAUACAGGAGCUGCGCAUGCGCAAACAGAGUGUGCGGGCGCAGCUUCGCCGUGGUUUCGGUUGAGCAUUCUUGGCAACGUCUCGCUCGGUGAACAGGCAGUCGACCGUCGGCCAACGAGUGUUUCCACAAUGUCUGGAGAAUAAUUUUAACGGAAUAGGAGCGGAGCUGGAACAAACCAGAGCAGCGUUUAAAAGAUUGGAGAUGACAGAUGUAUUUACUGUAGCUGAAUUGCUCUCACGAUCUUCCUUCAGAGCUGUCAGCUUCUUGACAGAGUAAGAUACCGAGCCUUCCCCCUCCCGCACUGUGACGUCAAACCUCAGCACACCUGCUUCACCUGCAUACUGCACAGCUGAAGGCAGAACAAGAUCUGCAUUCGACUGAAAAUCACCCGAGAGAAAGAAGACCAGUCCUGACUUGGUCCUCGAUGGACCAGUGAAAUCUCUCCCAACCUGCCAGUUAAAAGCGAUGUUUUUGGGAGCUGGAGGCCGUAGCACCGUCAGCCGAGUGUGUGUGGGGCCCCUCCUGUCCCUCUUUCCCAGCACCCCUCCUAACAUGGGAUGCCAGCCCCCUGCCUCCCUGCCCUGAGCUCAUCCGGGGUGCCAUGAACAGCUACCGAGACAGAGGGGUCACUUGCACCUCCUCGGACCUCCUGGAUGGAGGAGGAGGAGGGUUGCCCCAGCACACUCCGUUUCGCCACACCCCAAAUGGCCACCCGGCUCCUGGUCUCGCAGACCCGGCCAGCCAACCACGCAUCUCCGUGCCCAAAAUGGGUGUCCGGGCGCGGAUUGCAGAAUGGCCGCCACGCCGUGCGCAGUCUAGAGAGUCGCUGCUUGAAAAUGGCCAAAUUGGCACCAAUCGCCACGGAGACGACUGCUCCGCUUCGAUUUCCUCAUCAGUUUUGUCAUCUGACAUCGGGCUGGUGCGGGGAGGAGUCGCUAGGUUGCCUCAGCGGCGGACCAAGGAUGUAGAGUUCAGGGGGGGAGGGUUUUGUCGUGAAAGAGGUUCACCGUUGAGCCUGAGAGUGUUCCCUCCACUGAGACAGCGCUCAAACAGCGAGGUGACGCUGAGCGAACAGGAUGAAAAUGAGGUGGAGGUACGUGGAGGUGGCGGGAUGGGGUCCCUGUUCAGAGAAUAUGGCAGUACCUCCUCCAUCGACAUCCAGGGCAUUCCCGAGCAGAGCUUCUUUGACAUGCUCAGCCAGUUCCACCAGGAGAGGCCUGACCAGCGCAGCUCAGCACCCAUACGGCUCAGAGAGCUGCUGCGUGCUCCAGACUCACCACCAAGCGCACCCCUCCCCUCUGCUCCCUCACCUGGUCCCGCAACUGGGGAUGACAGAGGGACAGGAAGAAAAGACGGAUCUGAGAGGGUGAGGAAGAAAAGCGGAGGUACAGAGUCGUCACUGGGCACUUCCUCGUUGUUCAGGAAACUUAGAAGCUCGAGUCGUGGCGAGCUGGACGGAGGGAAAGGAGAGACUAACGAGGACGGGGGAGGGCGGGGUCCAGGAGACUACAAACCCUGGGUGUGCCCAAAGAGUUUUGUCCACUUCGAUGCCCAGAGCAUCCUGUUUGACCUCCACGAGGCUGCAGCUCAGCGAGGCUACGCCGCCCAGAGGAGGAACACCGCUACAGGGGCAUCAGCUGCUUCAGUGUCCCUGUCCGUCUCCAGAUCCUCUGCUGUGAACGACCCAGUUUACUCCAGCAUUGAGGAUCUGACCUUGAGCCUCGACCCGGGCUCCACAACACCCACGCUGGGCAUGGAUCCCCUGGACGGGCCUCCCGGAGCCCACAGCUCGAGCCAGCUGCUGCUCUGCUGCCCUCACUUCCUCAAUGAGACCGGGGGCCACGGGGAGCGCAACAUCAGCUUCCUCAGCUCGUCAGCAGAGCAAGGUGGAGACAGAGGAGAUGGAGUGAGGGGUUGGCUGAGGAGGAGUAACGCCAGCGUCUCAGUGCUGGAGGUGCCCAUUGAACAGCAGGUUACGAGACUGGACCGACUGAAACUGUACAGCAUAGAGCACGUAGACCUCGGGGCCAGGUACUACAGAGACUACUUCCAUGGAAAAGAGCACUCAAACUACUUCGGGACAGACGAUAAGAUGGGCGCUGUGGCCGUGAGCAUCCGCAGGGAGAAACUGGACGACACCAAAGACCUGAAAGACCAGUACCAGUACCGCCUCAUCGUCAGAACCAGCGAGCUUGUGACCCUGCGAGGCUCCAUUUUAGAGGAUGCCGUGGCGUCCACGGGGAGGCACGGCACGGUGCGUGGUCUGCCGCUCAAGGAGGUCCUGGAACAGGUCGUUCCCGAGCUCAACGUGUCCUGUUUGCGACUGGCGCUCAGCACGUCCAAAGUCACUGAGCAGCUCCUCAAACUGGAUGAACAGGGGUUAAGUCAGAAGCACAAGGUGGGUGUUCUGCUGUGCCGUGCGGGCCAGAGCACAGAGGAGGAGAUGUACAACAACGAGGAGGCAUCACCCGCCUUCUCUGCCUUCCUGGAGCUGCUGGGGGAGCAGGUGCUCCUCAAAGGAUUCACCAAAUACGCUGCGCAGCUCGACACAAAGACGGACUCUACGGGCACACACUCCCUGUACACCACCUACCAAGGCUACGAAGUCAUGUUCCACGUGUCCACCAUGCUGCCAUACAUGCCCAACAACCCCCAGCAGCUCUUGAGAAAGAGGCACAUAGGGAACGACAUUGUCACCAUAAUCUUUCAGGAGCCGGGAGCGUUGCCUUUCACCCCUCAGAAUAUUCGCUCACACUUCCAGCAUGUCUUUGUAAUCGUCCGUGUGCACAACCCCUGCUCUGAAAGCACCUGCUACAGUGUUGCUGUGACAAGGAUGAAGGAUGUGCCUCCCUUCGGCCCUCCCAUCCCCAGCGGUGUCACCUUCCGUGACCCGGAAACCUUUCGUAACUUCCUGCUAGCCAAAGUUAUCAAUGCAGAAAAUGCAGCGCACAAGUCUGAGAAGUUCCACACGAUGGCGACGCGAACGCGGCAGGAGUACCUGCGCGACCUGGCUGAGAACUACGUCAGCAGCACGCCGCUCGACUCAGCCGGCAAGCUCAACAACCUCAUCUCCCUCGCAUCCAAGAAACGCGAGCGCUCCAAGGCGAGAGAGGGAGCGGAGCUGGGUGCAGCGGGGGCUGUCGCCUGGAGGGUCCUAGCCCAGGACUUCAGCGGAGGAGGGAUGGAGCUCCCCUGUGCCUUGGGUUUGUCGGCUGAAUACGUCCUUCUGACAGACUGCUCCACCAAAGAGGUGGUGUUUAACUGUUUCUGUGCGGACGUGAUCGGCUGGACGCCAGAGCGUCUGGCGCUGAAGAUCUUCUACGGCAGAGGAGACUACAUCGCGGUGAGGGUACCAGAGGGCUGCGCGCAGGACAUCAGGGAGGUGGUGCAGAGAUUAAAGUCGCUGACGGUGGGAUGUGAGACUGUGGAUAUGACUCUGAGAAGAAACGGACUGGGACAACUGGGCUUCCAUGUUCGCCUGGACGGCACUGUGGCUGAGGUGGAGGAGUACGGCUUUGCCUGGCAGGCAGGACUGAGACAGGGAAGUCGACUGGUGGAGAUCUGCAAGGUGGCCGCGGUGACGCUGACUCACGAACAGAUGAUCGACCUGCUGAGGACGUCGGUCACGGUCAAAGUGGUCAUCAUUCCCCCAUACGAAGAGGGCGGGCCUCGCAGGGGCUGCACAGAGGAGUACGAGAUGAAGACCAUGGAGCAGAAGCCAGAACCUGAGCCUCUGGCGGCAGGCUACCGACCCUCCCCUCGCCCGACGUGGCGAUGGGACAGUCCGCCCAUUCCUCCAGGACUCCACAGUGCACCCACCCCACAGCGCUGGGCCCCCAUGGGUCCCCCACCUCCUCCACUGCCUCGCUCACACAAGACCCUGAUGCCCGUUCCCUACAGGGAGCCUCAGCACCUCAACUCUAAGAGGCCAGUGAGCUACCCAGAGAACCACUACACCCUUUCUCCUGCAGGAGGCGACAGAGUGCUGCCCUACAGGAACCCCUCAGCCAGCUUCUCCUCGCCCUCCUCAGGCCUGGUCGGCCUCUCCGCUAUGGGGCCGCCUGGAAUCACACCGGGCCCCUUUGUACGCUACAAACCCUCACCUGACAGAUAUGGAACAGGACAGCGCCCCCUGCUGCCCUACGAGCCCCACCUCAGCGUGGACAUCAACUCCAGUGGAGAGUCUUCCUCGGGCUUCACCAGUCAGGAGAGCACCAUGGAGCGCUGCAAAACAGAGCCCCUCUGGCAUGUCCCAGUGUCUCGGGGACCGGGUGGAGGAGGGGGCCAGAGGAGAAUACCCAGACAGGAUGUCCCGGGGAAAGACUCUCCAAACAGACACUCGAAGGGUGAGACUCAGUACUCCAGCCACUCCAGCAGUAACACCCUCUCCAGUAACGCCUCCAGCAGCCACAGCGACGAGCGCUGGUUCGACGGAGGACCUGGAGGAGAGCGAGGAGGUGGGGUUUGCCUUGGCGACCCAGCCGACCCUGACCCCGACCUUCUCAACAAGGGGGGGUCCAAUGACAGCGGCAUCGACGCCUCGACCCACUACAACAACGCUCGCCACGGAAAUAUGACCAACAACCAGCCCCACAAGCCCAUGCACUGCUUCGCCACUUACGGCGGCAUCCAGGAGCUGUCCGUGGGAAGGAGCAGCGGUGAGAGGGAGGCGAGGAGACGAGAAUCUUCGCCAAUCAUACCGGCCACAGCCAAUCAGAACAAAGGAUACCGGACGAGGACAUUCCCGCCUCCUGGCUCCAGCGCUGAUAAAAUGGAUGCUUUCAAACCCAGGGCCUACACGCCGCAGGGUUACAAGACUCCGACAGCUGAGAAAGCACGUCCUGUCCGAGCCGCCACGACGACACCGACUUCAUCUCAGCUGAGCUCCAUCCCUCUGUCCAGCUCUGCCCCAAAGGCCUUAUACGGGAAGAGCAGACAAACCGGAUGGCAGACUGAAGAAACCAGCCCGUCACCUUCAAACGCCACCACGACAUCCAGCUCCGACAGCAACAGCAGCAAGAAGCAGGUGGAUACAAAUUCAAAGAACGUGUUUGGACAACCUCGGCUCCGAGCGUCACUGAGAGACCUGCGCUCUCCGCGGCGGACGUACAAAAGCACCAUCGAAGACGACCUGAAGAAACUGAUCAUCAUGGACAACCCGGGAGAGACUCCACCAAGAGAUCCAUCUCCCAGACGAACUUUGCAGCGCACCUUCUCAGAUGAGUCGCUGUGCAGCGGGCGCAGAGAGGCCAGCUUCGCCAACUCUGAGAACCAGUCGACCCCCACUGACGUACUGUUCACCUGCACGCUGCCCACGCGCAGACACGCCGCCUCCUCCAACCACAUUCAGGGCAAGAAGGUGCCUCUGUCAGCCUCUGAGUUGUCUCUCACCGAAGUUAGAGACAAAGUCCCCCCUCUGAGGAGGCUCGACCCGGGGCUGAUGCCUCUUCCUGACACAGCCUGUGGACUGGAGUGGUCCAGCCUGGUCAACGCCGCUAAAGCCUACGAAGGUGAGGAUGGAGACACUUCAAGAUUAGCACAAAGAGCCGUUUCCCUCUUCUCACUGACGGAGCCACAGGUUGGAGGUCUGGACCUGAGACCAGUCGCCAGCCCUGUCCAGUUUAACACUCCUCAGACACCUCGGACCACACCGACCUUCAGCGGUGACGAGGUGCCCAAUGAUCUGUCUGGUCGGCUCUACCACCUGGAAGUAAUGUUAAAACAGCUAAACAAUGAUCUGGAGAGGGAGAAGAAGGAUAAAGUCGUUCUGCUCGCAGAGAUGGCCAACCUGAGACAGAACAACCAGCGCCUGCAGGAGGAGAGCCUAACAGCGAGCGAGCAGCUGCGCAAGUUUAGCCGGCUUUUUACCAACCUCGACAAGACGGAGAGUGACCACGAGGGUAACUCCUUAACACACGAAACUGACUCAAAGAGGGAGUGAUAUCAGCAGCAGCAGCAGAAGAAGAGGGUGAGAUUUAGGCCACAGAGGGACGGCGACUGAGAGAAAUCCUUGCACACACAGGGGCGGCAGAGGUCUCACCACACUCAGCUGCCACUGAACUGCCUUAAACCGUAGAGAGAGCAAGAAAAAAAAAAAAAGGACUUCAACACUCCCAGAGCAGAGCGGCUCCCUCUCUAUUCUCUGAGCCCGAGUUUAUUUUUAUAAACUGAAGUCUUAUAUACUUUGUCUUAUAUAGAAACACAAAUGCUACUAUGCCAGAGGAGCGAGUAGGAGAGAAGAACAUGACUGUUUUAAGUGAACACUACAUCACCUGGAGAGGCCUAAUACUGUUCCUGCAGCGAAUCAGCCAAAACAAAAACAAAAAAUAAUUGACUCAUUACAGACUGCAUCUCCCAGAAUGCACUAGAAGUAAUUGAGGCUCUACAGACAUAGUACUGUAGAUAGAUGCCUGUGUGGUACAAUUCUCAUGUAUCAAUAUUAUCUAUAUUGUACUGAUAUUGUAUAACGGUUGUACUAAAGAGGUGUGUGUGUGUGUGUGUGUGUGUGUGUGUGUGGGUGACUGAUGGUACAGUGAAUACUCAGAUUAUGGCACAACAGUGUUUGUGCUCGAGGCAGGAUGCAUUUUAUUGUGUGUGUGUGUGUGUGUGAGGUUGAAUGUCUGUUAUAGGACGUUUGAGUGAUGAACAAACUAGUUUACUGUAAUAAUGAAACUUGCAGGCCACGAUACUCUUUUUCUUUCCUCCGUUUACAUGGAUGAAGCGUGGCCCUUUUUAGAUGUGAAACAAGCCAUCGGCGUGUUGAGCAAGUGUAAAUGGUUGAUGUCAUGAAGCUCAGUGAUUAUAAUAAUAAUAAUAAUAAUAAUAAUAAGUAUCAUAUCUCUAAUGUAGUGCAUUGUUUUGAAUUUAAUUUUUGAAUUGUUUUCAGCAGUGCCGUAUCAUCUCAGAUCUAAAUGUACUGGAUAAUUAUUUUAACCUUGUUAUCACAGUACAUGUUGUUAUCUAAUAUUUAAAGCAACAGUUUGACAUGUUGGGGAAAUAUCUGCUUCACACUCUCUGCAAGCUACAGCCAGAAAACCGUCAUUAGCUUAGCAUAGAGACUGAAAACAAGAGGAAAGUCAGACUGGAUGCGACAAAAUCCACCUCCCAGCACCGCUAAAGCGCACUAAUUAACACGUUAUAGCUCAUUUGUCUAAUCAUAAACAGAACCUAAUUGGGGAAAAAGGACAAUUUUGCCAAUUUACGGGCAUUUCUUUUUUGGCUAACGGAGGAGAAAUUUGUCCGCUGGUUACCUAGCAACUGGUGUUACACUCAAUUCUGUGACCUGAUUCAGCAGUUUCAGCUAACCGCGAUUAAAAUUGUGUUUAGAAACAAAACAAAAACCGUUAUCGCAUACUUUGAUUUGAUAACUGGUACAAACAAAUGGUGCUCUCAUAGUAUCUAGCUGUUAGAUAUUAAAACGACAUUUAACGUGUAAAUUUCUGAUUUUUCCGGGAGUCUCUGCUUGGUUGCCUCUCAACUGGUGUUACGAUAAAUUCUGUGACCUGAUUAGCAGUUUCAGCUAACCGCUAUUAACAGGUUUUGUUUGUUUGUUUUUUAAAUUUUGUUUUAUCACACACUUUCUCACUACUUUGAUAGCUGGUAACUAACCUGUUGCCCUUGUAGCAUUUAGCUAUAAGAUAUAUACAAACAAACGAUAUAUGACGUAAUGUAAUUUAAACAUGUAUAUUAGUGGUCUGGCUAACAGCAGGAACUUUCGGGAGUCUUCGCUGGUUACCUAGCAACUGGUGUUACGAUAAAUUGUGUGAACUGAUUAGUAAUUUAAGCUAACCGCGAUUAAAAUUGUGUUUUAGAAACAAACAAAAUUCCUCAUCGCAAUACUUGGAUUUGAUAGCUGGUACAAAACAUGGUGCUCUCAUAGUAUCUAGCGGUUAGAUAGAUUAAAACAAACAACAUUUAACGUGUAAAUGUGUGAUCUUUCCGGGAGUCUCUGGUGGUUACCUAGCAACUGGUGUUACGGUAAAUUGUGUGACCUGAUUAGUAAUUUAAGCUAACCGCUAUUAACGGGUUUUGUUUGUUUUCAAAACAAACACACUUUAUCACAUACUUGGCUUUGACAGCUGGUACCUAACAUGGUUUCCUCAUAGUAUAACGUGUAGGUUAGUGAUAUUAAGGUGCUGAUGAGACAGACACCAAGCCAGUGGCCACUUGUUUCCAGUCAUCAUGCUAAGCUUAACCGUCUGUUGGCUGUAGCUUCAUAUUUAACAGACAAAACUCUAAAGUGAGUGAUCACAACUCACACAAAACGUCAACCUGUUCCUCUAAUCUCUGCGUACUAAUCGAGGCGAAGCUGUCAUCAGUAAUAUGUGCUUAUGGAAAACAUUUACUGUACAUGAAACUCAACAACACUGAAGCUCCUUUAUAUCAGAAACCAGUCUGUCUGUGUGCGUGAGAGGAUCUGUUCCCGUCUUCUGUGAUAACCCAAAUGAACACAAAAGACACUAUUUAUACUGCUAGCUUGCUUAACGAUAUUGUCUACUAUAUCUAUUUUUCAUACCGAAAUAAUGUGUCCGUUUGUGGGUUGUUGUUUUUUUGUUUUGGAUGCUGGUACUGAACAGACAAUACAGUCUUAAUCUUCCUGUCAGUAGAGAUAUCGCUGAUAAAAUUGUGGUAAAUUAUCAUCUGCUCUGCCCUGUGGAGCCACUACAAAUACUUCUUCCCUGGUCUGACUGGAGCUGUUUUCAAUCCCGACUCACUCAGGUUCCUCAAGGUGCUGUUAAAAAAAACCCUGAACCACCAGAUGGGGUGGGCGAUUUGAUGCACUGUAGCCUGACACAAUACUGUCUAUAACCAUUUUAGUUAUCCCUUUAAUACUCAUGGGUGUUUAGAGGUCAGCUAAUACUGAAUUUAUAUGGUUUAAUACCGUGAUUUAUAAGCUGUAUUAGCCUAAAACAGACAAUACAGUUUCUCAAUACAUUUUCCAUAAAGUUGGUCCGUAUCGCCCACUCCUACUGUUAAAUAUACUUUUCUUUCACUGACGCAAGCGGGAACAAGUGUUGUAGACUCUGAGCUGGACAGAAAACUGCCAUUUCAGUCAGCAUUUAUACAGUUUCAAGUCAGGCUGUCGUCAUUCACAUUUAUACCUAAGCCUAUAUGGACCUGUUUGUCCGGGUUCAGAUGUACUACUUUUACUAGAACUGUCAUAAACAAAGUCUAGGUUAUGAUGGAGUUCAUAUUCUCCGACUUUUAUUCCACGUUCGGACGUUUUUACUUCACAUGACACACUCCAGUUAUUCCUCCUUUUAGGGAAAUCCUUCAUGCAGCUUCGCAGGUGUAGCUGUGAUUUUAGUGUCAUUAGUUUGCUUGUGUAAAAGGGGGCAAGGUUUCUUUCUUUUUAUAUAAAUUUUGUUCAUGUUAUGUAUAAUUGUAAGCUAUUUAUAGCAUUACACAACGAUCCCUGUUGAACAAAUCAAUACUGCAUUAUGGUUAAUGGUAAUAUUGUAUAAUUAGGUUUGUUUUUUUUAGAUGUUUAAAUAUUUUGAUAAUUUAUUUUUUAACACAUUCCCACUGUUGCAGACAAUAGUGAAGAUAAGAGGGUACUGUGUUUUUAUUUGUGUAUUCUGUUUUUUCUCUGAUCUCUGUACAAAACUGAUUCCUCAUUGUUUUUCUAUUUUCUGGCGUCGUCUUUUCCUCUUUGUGUGUCGGUGCUUUCUGCAUGUGGCAGGGGAACGUGACGCACAGAUAUAAAAAUGAUGUUUCCUUUGGGUUGUAAUAACUUGUACAUUUAAAAGUGUAAAUUAUGUUUUCAUUAUUUUAUAAAAAAUAUAUUAAAAACAACUAUCAGAA